CUGAGAGGGAUGGGUAUCGUCGAUCAGAUUGCGUUGGGUUCAAGUUCUUGUUUGCGUAACGAAAAGAAGAAAAAAAAGUGUAUAAAGAUGCCUGGAGUUUGAAAUAUGCAACUCGGUUUCGGGUCUUUCGUAGCCUUUGUACCUCUAGAUGCAUGGGCAUGGGCGUUGGUGUUCUGGGGGACGCUAUUGCCAAGUUGGACUUACAGCGGAAGCGGCCCUUUCUCGCAGCGCGAAUUGCUCCUAUCUAUCGUUUGCCAAGGUACCCUGUAGUCUUAUCCCCCGAAAGCUGUAAGAGCUUAAUUGUAC